CAUUUCUCCAGACAAUACCAGCGCCAGUCCCUCAAUAUAAAGCAAAAUGGCCGCUUCUAAUUCAGAGAUGAAAAGUCCUGAGAUGAAUAUUCUGACCCUAUCAGACCUGCGAGCGAAAGCUCGUAGCCUUCUUAGCGGAAGAAGUCAGGACUUAAACGUAUUAGUUGUUGGUGAACCUGGUUCAUGUAAAUCAACGCUGAUAAAUUCCAUGAACAUGGCACUUGCUGAGCAAUGGAGCGAGUUGACUUCAUUUGGGCAGGGAGGUGCAAGUAACAACACUCUGCGCCUUGACAAGGUUCCUAUGUUCGAAGACCAGUCCAUGAAAGAGAAGGUGGAAAACUACGAGAAAAAGGUGUACUUUUGGGACUGCGCUGGUAUGGAGAAUAACCUGGAUGAGGUUUAUGGGGAGUUUAUCGGCCUCACUUUAGAUGGAAAAGUUCCAGACAAAACAAAUGUAUUCGACGUUCUCAAAGAUAAGGAUGGACUUAUUUCGAUCAGAGCUCUCCGAGAAAGAUUUGCGACAGUGAACGAAGAGAAUAGGUUUCAUAGGCUCCUAUUCCUGUGCACAUGUGACAACCCGGCCCCAGAAAACUUGCUGAAACUGGUGAAGCAAACAACUGCUUCUCCCCAUAACAAAGGCAGGAACAUACCGGUGUUCCUGGUCCUCAGCAAGAUGGACAAGAUAAAGACUAACGAGAGCACGUACAAAGCCACAAAGGACAUGGCAUUCAAUACUCUAAACCUACAAGGAAACAAGCAGAGGACAACAGAACUGAGUCUCUACCACGCAGAAAUCGAGGGAAAAGAUGAAGGUUGCCCCUUAGAUGCAUUUAAUAUGUUUUUGCCAAAUGAAGAUAUUGACAGGAAACUCCUUAUUUUGCUGUGCAAUCUUCUUCAUCCCGCCUUUGACCGGACCGUGACACACGGUGACAAAGUUGAGAUUAAACAUGUUGAACCUGAAAAGCCUCCCAAAAAGCGAAAUGAAUGCAAGCCAUCAUAAAAUUCUUCUUGUUAUGUGGAAGGAUAGAAUAAUCAUUGCAAAUGUGUGUCUAAGAUUGCAUGAGCUUUGUAAACGUGUUACACACAUGUAUUGGCUCUUUAUAGUCAUUUAACUACAGUUCUUUGAUCAAUCUCAGCGUAAUUUCUAGUUUGGCAUUUACAUUAUGAAGGACAGUAUCUGUUCAAGACUAAAGGUCUACAUAUGAAAUGCAAACAUUCUUUUAACCAUUCAUGGCCCUAAACGGCCUGUACAUCUUUAUCAUAUAUAUAUAUAUAUAACACCAAGGAUCUCUAAUGAACUAGACAUUCAAUGAUACUGAUAAUACAUAAUAAUAAUACCUAAGCCAGACAACCAGUAGUACUGAAGCUAGACUAAGUGCUGCAGAAUUACCAUGCUCAUGUAUGUGUUGUCUAUGCCGCUCAAUUGAUAAAUUGAACCACUUAUUGUAUGUUAGGUUGUUAAAAUGUGUCUCCAAUAACUGGUGGAAAACAUCAUGUCCUGAUACAGAUAGAUGACUAUUUUGGAAACUAUUUGCAAAGAAUCUGGUAGUUCCUUUAUGUCUGAAAAACAAGUGCGAAGUUAAAAAGGCAAUUAUUAUGCACAUAAAAAAGAAAAAGGAACAGUUUUAUGAUAGUGUGUAGACGAGGCUAACAUUCAUACACGAUUGAAUGUAGUAGCCUUCUUCGCUUUUUUAGAACAAGGAAGCGCGCGGAUGUCAUCAUACAUUAAAUUGAUUAAUU